GCAUUAACGCAGUGAGUUGCUAAAUACUGGAAACGACAGACUUUGUGACAUUAAUGUUUCACUUGUAUGUGAGACGUUUGCUCAUACAGCAGCGGAUCAGUUCACUCACGGAUAUAGCAUUUAAUCCAGAGAUGGGGUGGACUUCCUUUAUCGUCUUGUUUCUGUGUGUGUCAGUGUCUGAGUGCUGGCGGCUGCCCGACCCAGAGCCUCUGAUGCAUGGGGCUGUCCAGUCCCCCCAGUAUCCCGAGCCUUACUCUCCCAACCUGCAGGAGCAGUGGGACCUCAGUGUGCCCGAGGGCUACCAGAUCCGACUCACCUUCACACACCUGGACAUUGAAGCUUCUACAGGCUGCUAUUACGACGUCCUCACAGUUCUCUAUGAUGAAAAGAUCCUGGGGAAGUUUUGUGGCCAUGAGAACUCGGCUGAUGGGCAUCACCCUGGCAACGAGCCCAUCCUGUCUCCAGGCAACAGACUCACCCUCACAUUCCAGACAGACGGCAACAACCCAGAGCGCCACCAGAAUGUGGGCUUCUCUGCUCAGUACCAGGCAAUAGACAUGGAUGAGUGUUCUGCACCAGAACCUGAAGACGGCUCAGGUCCACUCUGCUCUCAGAUCUGCCUCAACACCCUUGGCUCAUACCUCUGCUCCUGUCACCACGGCUACGAGCUUCGCCCAGAUCAGCGUAGCUGUGUUUUAUCCUGCGGCGGCGGUAUAUUUGAUGAGCCAGAGGGACAUCUGUUCAGUCCAGGAUACCCUAACCCUCCACCUCAUGCUGUGUCCUGUCAGUACAUUAUUUCUGUAGAGUCUGGAUUCACUGUCGCUCUUAACUUCACUGACAACUUCCACAUCGAUAGCGCGGACACUGAGCAAGGUCCAAUCUGUCUCCAUCACUGGUUACAGGUGACCAUCCCAGACAACGAGCCCAUGAAGCUGUGUGGUGGAAAGAGUCCAGGUCUAAUAGUCACAAACUCCAACACUGUCAGACUGGACUACCACACUGACGAUGAAGGCCUGAGCAACGGCUGGAGCCUGGACUACAGCACAUACAGAGUGAAGUGUCCAUUUCCUGGUAAUGUGGCUAAAGGCAGGGUCACUCCUAUCUUGACCGAAUAUCUCUACAGAGACUACAUCUUUGCGCGCUGUGACCAAGGAUACAAGCUGAUGAUGGACGGUCAGGAGGUCGAGGGUUUCUCUACCAUGUGCCAAAGCAAUGGACAGUGGCACCUCCCUCUGCCAGAAUGCCACAUAAUUGAUUGUGGAGAACCUGAACCUUUGCUGAAUGGAGGCGUGACCUUCAUGUCUGGCUUUCAGAAUCAGUACCGUUCUGUUGUUCAGUAUCACUGUAAUGAACCAUUUUACUCUCUCCUUGGUGGUAUAAAUGUUGUCUUCACCUGUGAGUCCGACAGAAAGUGGAGAUCCAGCAACGACAUCAUUUUCAGACCAACAUGCAUACCAGUUUGUGGCAAGCCCACAAAACUCAUCUCCGCCUAUGAGAGGAUCAUUGGAGGCAGGUACGCUCCAGACGAUACCAUCCCCUGGCAAGUGAUGCUGAGUAUAGAUGGAAGCAGAGGAGGAGGCAUGGUGAUUGGAGACCGCUGGAUAAUGACUGCAGCUCAUAACGUAAUGUAUGAUGGAAAUGUAGUACCAAACGAGACUGUACGGGUUUACAUGGGGCUUACUAAUGUUAAUGCCUUGAUGAACUCUCCUGUGUUUGCUGCCUCGAUCCACCCUCACCCUUUAUACAACAACCCCAACCACGUUGACUUCAACCAUGACAUUGCCUUGAUCAAAAUACAAGACCCAAUCACAUUCAACUCAUCUGUUAUGCCAAUAUGUUUGACAGCAGAGGGCGCCACAUACGUCACUGGCACGAUGGGACUGGUGUCAGGCUUUGGCAUAACAGAAACUAACAAGCGACGGAUUUUAACAAAUAAGAUGAAUUAUGUGCUACUCCCUGUGGUGGAGCAGGAGGCAUGCAGUGAUUCAAUCACUCGGUUGAAGAAGAAAAGGGACUAUGUGCCAGUUUUGACAAAUAACAUGUUUUGUGCUGGAGUCCCUGAAGGGGGGAAGGACUCCUGCCAAGGUGACAACGGAGGCCCCUACGCCCUGAGAGACGAUGGACGGUUCUGGGCUGCUGGGAUUGUCAGCUGGGGGGUUGACUGCGGACAGCGGGGAACAUAUGGAGUCUAUACCAGAGUCAUCAACUACAUAGACUGGAUCAACAAGACUAUGCAGGAGAACUGAAUUUUACAGUAAUUCAAUACAAUGUGAUGUAAAGGUGUUGACGAAACCAAACAUCUACAAUAAAAUAAGAAAAGAGAAAUCAUUUUGCUCGAAAUAUACUCUUUCUGCAUUGUCACAAAAAAAGCUAUGAAGUGAGAUAAUCUUCCAGUUGACAAUAAAAUCAUCAAAUACAAA